AGCUGUAAUCAACGCUGUCAUCACCAUCUUCAUUCCUACCAAUUGCCUCUUCUCCAGCUUCUCUCUAGAAACUCUCCGAAAAUUAUCACCUCCCCUUAGCUUCUGGUAUUUUCCCUCAAAUCAUCAUUCUUUAUCUCCAAAUUCCAAUGGGUUUAUUAACUGUAACCGACACUACCUUACCGAACCAAGAAGAGACCGUGACAGAAUCAACAGAGUUCGAGAAGAAUCAAAAACGGUACAAAGAACUCAUCGCCUCUUUUCCUCACGAGAAAGGCUGGAGACCAAAAAAUCCCUUGAUCCAGUACGGUGGUCACUGGCUGAUGCAGCCUCGCAUUGAAGGCUGCAUGUACGCGCAAGAGUUCUUCCAAGCACGACCUACUGACUUACUCCUCUGUAGCUACCCAAAGACAGGUACAACUUGGCUCAAAGCCCUCACUUUUGCCAUCUCAAAUCGAUCUCGCUUCAACGAUUCCACAAACCCUCUCUUAAAACGUAACCCUCACGAGCUUGUUCCUUAUAUUGAGAUCGAAUUCGCUUUCUUCCCAAACGUUGAUGCUCUCAAAGACAAAGAGAACACUCUGUUUGCCACUCAUCUCCCGCACGGAUUAUUACCCGAGUCGGUUGCAAGAUCUGGUUGUAAGAUGGUUUACAUCUGGAGAGACCCUAAAGACACUUUCAUCUCCAUGUGGAUUUUCUAUCAAAAGCAAAAGACACACGAUGGCCCUCUCAAUAGUCUUGAGGAGUCUUUUGAUAUGUUCUGUCGAGGUUUAUCUAGCAACGGUCCGUAUCUUGACCAUGUCUUGACGUACUGGAAAGCUUACCAAGAGAAUCCAGAUCAAAUAUUGUUCCUCAAGUAUGAGAAAAUGAGAGCUGAUCCUUUGCUGUAUGUGAAGAGAUUGGCUGAGUUUAUGGGUUAUGGAUUCACAGCUGAGGAAGAGAAGGAAGGGAUUGUUGAUAAAGUUGUGAAUCUUUGCAGUUUCGAUACGUUGAAGAAUCUUGAAUCCAACCAAGGGGAGAAGAAUAUGGAGAACCGUCCUUCUAGUUUUGCGAAUAGUGCGUUUUUCAGGAAGGGUGAGAUCGGAGAUUGGCAGAACUAUCUGACUCCGGAGAUGGCAGCUCGAAUCGAUGGAUUGAUGGUAGAGAAAUUGAAGGGCUCCGGUUUGCUUGAAUGGUAAGUGACCGGUUCUUGUUCCGAGUGGUGAUGAUGGAUCCAUUAUAUGUUUCUUUUAUAUAACAGAAGUUGACUCCUUUUCUCAUUUUAGUUCCACUUGUUAAGUUAAGAAUAAAUCUUGUUUCUGUUUUGAUUCGCUAUGUGUGAAUCUGAAUUUCCUGCUUAAAUUUGUCCUGAACCUUCCGCUUUGAUAAUGCUUAUUCCUUUUGUUAAGGACCCUUGGUGUA